CGUUGAUGUAUAUGACUUUGAGUUCCAGGCCAUACCAUUGUUGUUUUCUGUGUGCAAAAUCUGAGCUGGAAUAACGAGCAAUGACCGAAGAAAUGUCUAAUCCCGUCGAGGCAUGGCUGUCGCAAUUCGAACUGGCCAUUGAACAUAAGAAUAUAGACGAUUUGAUUCAGUUAUUCGCAGAGGAGUGCUACUGGCGCGACCUCGUGUCGUUCACAUGGAAUAUCAAAACGAUGGAAGGAAGAGAUGCAAUACAAGAAAUGCUAACCAGCACACUCGCUCAUAUUCAACCUACGAACUGGAGUGUGGACGGAGACGUUACACCUGCUGCAGACGGCAGCGGUAUGCUGGAGGCAUUGUUGACUUAUAAUACAUGUGUGGCACGUGGUCGUGCGCACGUGCGUAUCAAUGAGCACGGGAAGUGCUUCACACUGCUAACGAGUAUAACAGAGCUGAUUGGUCACGAGGAACUGGCGGGAAUAUCUCGGCCCAAAGGUGUGGAGCAUGGAGUGGUGAUGAACCGGUCGAGCUGGCUGGAAGAGAAGGAGAAAGAAUUACGGGAACUUGGGGGAUCUGAUGAUAAACAACCGUACUGUGUGAUCAUUGGCGGAGGCCAAGCGGGCAUUAUGCUGGGAGCUAGACUGAAGCGCAUGGGUGUACCGACUAUUAUUGUGGAGAAGCGAGAGAAAGCCGGAGAUAGCUGGCGACAUCGGUACAAGUCGCUCUGCUUGCACGAUCCAGUGCAGUACUGCCACUUGCCGUAUAUAAUGUUCCCGGAUUUCUGGCCACUGUAUACACCGAAGGAUAAGAUGGGAGAUUGGCUGGAAAUGUAUACAAAACUUCUUGACCUAAAUUUCUGGGGCAACACCGCCUGUACAAAAGCUGUGUACGACAGCAAUGCAAAGGAGUGGACAGUUAACGUGACAAGAGACGGUACAAAUUUGCACGUGCUACGCCCCAAACACGUGAUCAUGGCGACUGGCAUGUCCGGACUGCCAAACGUCCCGGAUUUCCCUGGAGCGGAUGAGUUCAAGGGCGAGAUACAUCACUCGAGUGCACAUGGACACAGUGAAGGAUACAGGGGCAAGUCAUGUGUCGUGCUCGGCUCAAACAACUCUGCGCACGACAUAUGCGCCGCGUUGUAUGAGAGUGGUGCAGGGAGUGUGACCAUGGUGCAGAGAUCUUCAACACUGGUGGCCAAGAUAGACACACAGCGGUCGCUCUGUUUAGAUCCGCUAUACUCGGAACAGGCUGUAGCUAGUGGCAUUGACCACAACAAGGCCGACAUUUUACUAGCAUCAAUGCCAUACAAAGUCCUUACGAAGGUACAAGCCGGCGUUGCGGAAGAGAUGUCGCGGAGAGAUGCCGAGUUUUACAAACAGUUGGUGAAUACCGGGUUUCUUUUGGACAUGGGCUGUGAUGGCACUGGUUUGUUCAUGAAGUAUCUUCGCCGAGGAUCGGGCUAUUAUAUUGAUGUUGGAGCAUCAGAGUUAGUCAUCGAUGGGCGGGUAAAACUAUGUAACAACGUGACAAUCGAUCGCAUUCAUGAAAAUUCAGUCGUGCUGACAGACGGGAGUGAACUCCCCGCGGACUUGAUCGUAUACGCCACUGGCUACAAGUCUAUGAAUGGAUUCGCUGCCAAGAUUAUAAGCCCAGAGGUGGCUGAUCGAGUAGGGAAGGUUUGGGGCUUAGGCUCUGGUACCAAGAAGGAUCCUGGUCCCUGGGAAGGUGAACUGAGGAAUAUGUGGAAGCCAACACAACAAGAAGCACUAUGGUUUACCGGCGGCAACCUGCACCAAAGCAGACACUACUCAAUGUUCCUGGCCCUGCAAUUGAAAGCGAGGUACGAAGGCCUUGCAACGCCUGUUUACGGGUUACAGGAAGUACACCAUCUGUCCUAGGAUGCCUCACCACGGCGGAGACAAAGUAGUUUUAAUCAAUAAAUUGCAAGUAUUGAAUAUCGUUCAAUCAA